UUUUAUCAUUAUAAUAAGAUAAGAUAAAGAUAAUAUGGUAUGUAGCUAAGAGCAAUGUCUCGCUUUGUUAUUUUUUGGAAGUUUUUUAUCGCACUAAAUGUACGUUGUGCGAUACAAGUAUUCAAUUAAUUCUUGAUUUAACAGCCAGAAGUUAAAAAAAAAUAUUCUUCGUAUGAUGAUUCUUUAUUUCAUCAGACAAUGGAAUAUACAGUAUCCAGAACAAACUCACCAGAGGAUUACAGACAAGUAGAAGAAAUGGUUCACGAUUUCUUCAAAGACAUGCCCGUAGUAGCCGUGUUUGGCCUGGAGAACAGCCCUCCAGAUACACAGCCUAGGAUAUAUGGGCCAGAAGACUUCAUAGUAAAAGCGACAGAUUCCGCGGGGAAAAUCAUUGGGUUCGCCGUCAAUAAAACUGAUAUCCAAACAAAGCCGAAACCUCCACCGGACAGAAUAGAGUUGCGCGAAUUUUUACACUUUGUCAAAGACAGCGCAAAUUUGGAUCAACUCCCAGAUCGGUCGAUAGAGCUGCGGGUGCUGUCAGUGUCUAAGGAGUGGAGACAGCGAGGAGUAGCCAGGAGGUUGGUGGAGGGGAGCAUGAAGGAGGCGAAGGCCGCUGGAUUUAAAGCCAUGAAGAUCUGCUGUGUGUCUGAAUACACGGCGGUACUAGUCAAAAAGAUGGGAUGGCGAGAACAAUAUCGACUAGCCUACAAAGAUUACCCUGGACUCUCUGGAAAGAAUCUUCAUUUGAAAAGUGUUCCAGGACAAGAUUAUGUUUACUAUUACGUUGUAGACCUAUAACAUCGUAUUCGCUUCUAAAUUAAUUUUUAUAACAUCUCAUCACAAUAUUUUCAUUUUUUGGCUAAAAUACAAUUUCAGUGGUUAAGUUAAUAUGAACUAAGCUUUUAAGCUCUGAUUCACACUUGUCAUACUUAUACACCAACUAAAGUCUGCAUUACAUAAACAACAUUAUCUAUUUACUUAUUAAUAGCCUGCAACAACUACUAUGAAACAAAAGAUCUGCUAGUUACCAUAACUAUGUAAUUCGCCUUUACAUUGUAACAAACGCAUCUCAUUUCAUGGGAGAUCCUAUGACCGUGCGGUCUGAUAUGAUAAAUAUUGCGCAGGUUCAAAUCUUGUAUGUGACCGUAUCACUUUUAUCAGAACCACGAUCUUGCACUGUAUCGACUCUCCCCUUAAUCUGUUUGAAAAUAUACUCGCACAGACCAGUGAUUCAUGAGGACGGGCGGAAUAUGCCUUAAAGAGGUAUUGGCCUCUCCUUACAAAAAAAUAUUGUAACACGUCUGGUUUGUAACUGAUUUUACAAAUUGGUAUAUAAACUAAUUUUCGCUUAGUAGGAGGUCUAUAAUAGGCUUUUUGUACUUUUAGGUAAUUUGCAUGGAAAACAACCAUAGAAAGAAACACAACCCACACUCACUACUAACCGCCCUUCUAGGCAUGAAGCCGUUGGACCCCAUUUGUAUUACGUUCACUGGCAAGCUCAUCAGCCUCGAAGUAUUUGUACACCAUCAUGAGGUAGUAGUUAGCUUUCGACUCAUCAGUAAUGUAAUGCAACACAGCUCCUUCAAAGUUUUUUUCGAUUUCAAGUUUAUAUUUUAAAGGUAAUUUUUCACAGUAGUGUUUAUAUUUUCUAGGUAAAGUAACAACAUUUCUUAACUCAACGUAUAUUCAAACUUUCUGUGUUAAACCAUUUUCCAGCCGUUUUUGAGACAGUUAUGAAAAUUCAAAGAGCUUAGUUACUUUAAAUUAUAAACAAUUUUCUCCACGACCAACAAAUAUUGAUCCCUUGGAACUUUAAAUAGUUAUCUGAAAAGUCCAUAUAUGGAUUGACAGCCAUGUCAUUAAGUAACAACUCCCAUAUAAAAAAGAAUCUGCAGUUGUGAGUGGUUCACACUCUGAAUUCACUCUGAAUAUUCCUUUGUUUACCUUUUGAUUAAUAAUUAUUGUUAUAUGCUAAAAAGUGCACUAGAUAUAUUGCAUAUAAGCAACGAUAAUCUUUCUAUUUUAUAUACUUUUAUUUAUAAGAUCACAAUUGUUUUACAGUCAAGUAUGAAUAAAUAAAUCAUAAAUAAAACCUUAAUAUGUAAAGAGUGAGAGAUAGUUGUAUGAAAAUAGAAACUGAAGGCUAAAAAUAUAAAUUUUAGCUGUAUCCUUGUAUUUGUAAUUAUUGUUUUAUAAGAAAUAAAAUAUUUGAGAAAUCAGA